CAACAUCUUGUUUUGAAACACAAAAUACAUUAACCCGUUUUAUUCAUGAAAUAUCGUAUGUUCUUUGAAUACAAAAAAAGUGAUUUCUAAAAAAAAACUCGAUUCAAAAUAAUUGCUACGUAAUAGGAGUGAAUUUGCACAUUGUUGUAAUAAUUAAACAUGAUUAGUCAUUAGCCUGAGACUUUGGGCGUAAUAAGGAAUUUCAUAUUUUCCAAGUUGAAGUUGAAAGUGAUUAUUUCGUAAAAGUGCAUUCAAUUUAUUGCAGUGUAAAUAAUGACGUGCGGGGACAAUAAUUCGGGCAAUAAAAUUUGAUAUUUGAAAGUAUCGAAACGAGAGUUCCUGAUAAAUAUGACUUCAAGAUUAGAUAGGCUAUUUAUUUUAUUAGAAACUGGAACGAAUGCUGUGACAAAACGUGCAGCUGCUCAACAAUUGGGAGAAGCUCAACGAUUGCAUCCUCACGAACUUCAUCAUUUAUUAACUAGAGUAUCAGUUUUAUUGAAAUCGCCACAAUGGGAUACAAGAGUUUCGGCUGCACAUGCAGUUCAGGCAAUUUUAUCACAAGUCCCACCUUGGAAUCCGGAACCCGUAAAGGAAGAGUUAAAUUCAAAUAAUUCAAAAUUAUCACAACGCAGAACAAGUAAUGCAAGUCGAAAAUUAAGUUUACAUGAUUUUGACAUGACACAAGUAUUGGCGAGAAGUUCACAUCUCACUGGUUCUGAAGGAAGUGAAUACGAUAUUGUUGGUGAUGAUCAAUCAUUGAUGAAUCAGGAGGAAAAAAUUGCCACCAAUUUAGGUUUACAUCCAAGAUUAAUGGGUGUUGAUGCUGCUGAAUUAUUCACGGCCGAGGAUUUAGCACCUGUUGUAUCAUUACCUGCCUCAAAAAACGCACCCAUCAAAGUUUCCAUUGAAGAGACUUUGGGUCAAGGCGAAGGUCUGAGCCGUCGUGAAAUGAACAGAGCGAGACGCAAGGCUCGCCAAUCCAUAUCAAAACAACGAUCAAGGGAUCCUGACGAGGGACCGCAAGAUCUUAGUACUACCUGUAAUAAUCAAUCUCAAUUAAAUAAUAGUGUAGAAAAUCAAGCUAAGAAAAUAAAAUUGGAGGAAACAAUCUCGGAAGGUUGGUGGAGUUCAAGUUCCAGUGAAUCAGGACUGACAGUGCCAGAUGGAACUGGCUGUUGGCCGGAAACAGCAAUUGACUGGCCUCUUGAAUCAUUUGCUGAAACUUUGUGUCAAGAUCUGUUUAGUCAAAAAUGGGAAGUGCGCCACGGUGCAGCUACAGCUUUAAGAGAACUCGUUCGUCUUCAUGGAAAAGGUGCUGGAAAAUCGAGGGACCAGACAGAAAAGGAAAUGGAGGAGAGUCACAGAAAAUGGGUGGUUGAUGCAGCACUGCGUCUUUUGUGUGUAUUAGGAUUAGAUCGUUUCGGAGAUUUUGUUUCGGAUCAAGUGGUUGCUCCGGUUCGAGAAACAUGUGCACAAGCAUUAGGAUCGUUGAUGUUAUUGAUAGCGAAGGAAAAAUGUGAAGACUUGUCAAAUAGUGAUAUAAUGGGUAUUUUAUCGGUUAUAUUGAAACUCUUGAAACAUGAUGAAUGGGAAGCAAGGCAUGGAGCAUUACUUGCUUUAAAGUAUUUAUUAGCUGUGAGAGAUGAUCUUUUGGAUGAUAUUCUUCCAAAGGCUUUUCCAGAUAUUAUGAAAGGAUUGGCUGAUCCUGUUGAUGAUGUUGGUGCUGCGGCAGCGAGCGCUCUAAUUCCAGUUGCUUCGGUCCUGCCACGAUUACUCGACCCUUCUCAAUUGGAAAUGGUUGUUGAGCAACUUUGGCAACUUCUCAAGGAGCAGGACGAUUUGGCAGCGGCAUGCAAUAGUUUCAUGGGUUUACUUGCUGCCAUUUUAUCAUUACCCGCUGCUCGGUCUUGUCUAAAACCUCAACCAUUGUCUGAGGUAUUACCUCGUAUGUGGCCAUUUUUCAAUCAUUCGAGUUCAAGCGUGCGAAAGGCGACAUUGCAAACGUUGCAAACAUUGACUGGAGACGAUGGCGAUGAUAAAGAGAAGAGAAAAGAACGUUGGGGCGAGAGUGGUAGUGUUGUUUUACAAGAAGCUCUGCGUCAUGUUUAUCAACGAGUAUUAAUUGAACACGUGCCUUCGAUACAGAAGGUGGCGGAGCGUGUUUGGGAAAAUCUAGUCGUUCGAAGUGAUCUCGAAAUGUUAUUGCACGCGGCGUGUCCAUUAGUUAGUACUUGGCUCUGUCUUGCCAUGCAACCGGAACACGUGCCCUUUAAUCUCAGUCUUCUAAUGAAUGUAUCGUCAACGCACAAGAAUACAAAAACAACACAAUCAAUUUGUGAUGAUGUGAGUGGAUCGAAUAAACCAACAUCGGAAUUGAAAAUUUAUCUUGGAGGAGUUGAAACUGUUUCUCAAAGUACAAGACACGCGAAUGUUGUUCGUGCCCGUUGUAUGACAUCAAAAAUGCUUGGAUUACUCUCAAGUUAUUUGGUGAUGCCUGCUCCGGGCGUUGUUUACACACCAGAAAUACCUAGUCCUGCACUUUGUUACGCCAAGGUACUCAUGGCGCAUCUCAAUUCAAAAUCCGCACUGCAAAGAACCGUUGUCGGUCUCACAAUGGCAUAUUGGGCAGCGAUCGACUAUCAAAAUUUACCAGAUGUGCCAGAAAAUCUCAGGGAUAAAUUAAUAGCGUGUUUAAACGAAUGCGUCUAUUAUGAUGAAGUAGCAGGAUCGUUCACAAGAUUAUUACACGAGAGUCGAGACUAUUUAGCAACAUUAAAACACUACAAGAUACCAAUACCCAUUGAGGUAAAUUCAUCGGGUGUGAUGACAUUGGAACAAGUAACGAUACUUGCAGCGAAACCAGUGCCUGGAGCUAUUAUAAGUGGAACUACGGGAAGUUCGGAAAAUGGAUCAGUAUCGGGAAUUGGAAGUAAUCCAGUGAUUGUUAAAUUAAAACCAAAAUUAGUUGAGAGUUUGGAGGAGCGUCGUCGAGGACUUGAGAAUGGAGCAAACACAACUGCAAAGCAACAACAUUCGUUUAAUAUAACGUCAAUGGCUGCUCUUGCUGGUGCUGCUACCAUGCUAAAAUGCCUGCCACCAGCACCACAGCCGUUAAAUCCAGUCAUCAAACCACUUAUGGAAUCAGUUAAACGCGAGGAGGACGAGGAAUUGCAAACAAUGUCCGCUAAAUAUUUAUCUCAUCUUGUUAAUUUUUGCGUUGAGAGGAAACCUUGUCCUAAUACUAAGAUAGCAACAAAUUUAUGUACUUUCUUGUGUUCGGAUGUUGAAUUCACGCCAAGAGCAACAGGUGGGACGAAUUAUGAUCCGUUUGAUGGGAUUUUGACUUUGAGUAAUAGACAAAAAUAUGCAGAGAGAGUGGCUUACGGUCGUGGAGUGUGCGCCGGAACUAGUGGCGUUCGAGGACCAGGUCGACCACCAGCGACAGAUAUUCCUUUAGAAGAAUUGCUCGCCUGUGAAGAACCCGAGGCAAAAGCAGCUCGAACGACACGACGUGGAGCGACUUUUGCCCUCACGGCUAUCGCCACUCUAUUUGAUACUCAUUUUCCGUCUCGAUUGCCACAUCUUUGGGAUUUAAUGGUUCCGACAAUUAUACGAAACACUGAAACACAAGGGAGAAAUUUUCAGGAUACUAAUUUCCAGGAACAAGUCAACCAAUUAGUGUUUAGCUUACAAUUGCUAGAGAUAAUAGCUCCUCAUAUAGCUCAACCCCUUCUACCUCAAAUCUUGGAGUGCCUUCCAUAUUUAUGUAUCCUCUUAGCUCAUCCUUAUAAAGCUGUGAGGCACAUGUCGUCCCGUUGCAUGGCUGUCCUUUCUCUCCUCGAUGUCGAUAAGACGAUGCCGUACAUUGUUCGUAGUGUGAUACCUUUGUUAGAAACAACUAAUGCGGAGGAGAGAAUUGAUCGAGCGAGACCAAAUGAUAUGGAUAUUCGUCGUCAAGGUGCGGCCGAAGCUUUGGCUUGCCUUGUGGAAAAACUAGAAGUAAGAAUCGUACCGUACGCUGUAUUAUUUAUGGUCCCAUUACUCGGUCGGAUGAGCGAUCAAAAUCAAUUUGUAAGAUUAGCGUGCAGUUCAACGUUUGCAACACUCGUUCAAUUAUUGCCUUUAGAUCCUGGCGCAAUUGCAGAUACACCUCAUCUUGUAGAGGAAAAAGCGCAAGAGAGACGAUUUUUGGAUCAACUACUUAAUCCACACAAUAUUCCUGAUACAAAAAUGCCGAUAACUGUUGUUGCGGAACUUCGAUCUUAUCAACAACAGGGUUUAAAUUGGCUUGAUUUUUUAAAUCGUUAUCGACUUCAUGGUAUUCUUUGUGAUGAUAUGGGUUUGGGAAAGACUCUACAAACACUCUGUAUUCUUGCUUUGGAUCAUCACAGGAAUCCACAGGCACCGCCGAGUAUAGUUGUGUGUCCCCCAACUCUUACAGGUCAUUGGGUGUACGAGGUAGAAAAAUUCUUCACCACACUUGAUCUUUCUGUUAUUCAAUACGCUGGAGCGCCGUCGGAACGUGAAAAAAUACGAUCACGAGUACCACAAUGUAAACUUGUUGUGGGAAGUUAUGAUAUUCUUCGUAAGGACAUUGAAUUUUUCGAAUCAAUUCAAUGGAAUUAUUGUGUUCUUGAUGAGGGUCAUAUUAUUAAAAAUGGAAAGACAAAAAGUGCAAAGGCCACUAAGAGACUUCACGCUUAUCAUCGACUCAUUCUCACAGGGACACCGGUACAAAAUGAUGUUCUUGAAUUGUGGUCACUUUUUGAUUUUCUAAUGCCCGGCUUCCUUGGCAGUGAGAAACAUUUUGCCGCGAAAUAUUCACGUCCAAUUUUAGCGUGUCGUGAUCCUAAAGCUGGACCAAAGGAACAAGAAGCUGGAGCUCUGGCAAUGGAGUCGCUACACAGACAAGUUCUACCAUUUCUCUUGCGUCGACAUAAAGAGGAUGUUCUCAAGGAUUUACCACCGAAAAUCACUCAAGAUUAUUACUGUGAACUCUCGUCAGUUCAACGAAAAUUGUACGAGGACUUCCAGUCGAGACACUCGGAAACAUUGAUGACAAAUUCAACGGCGUCUGUCGGUGUAAAGGGUCACGUAUUCCAGGCACUGCGAUAUUUGAGAAAUGUUUGUAAUCAUCCGAAACUUGUUCUCACUCCGAAACAUCCUCAAUAUCAAUCGAUUUGCGCCUCAUUACAGCAGCGACAAAUUAAUUUAUCUGACAUUGAACUUGGAGCAAAAUUACCGGCGUUAAAGCAAUUGUUACUCGAUUGUGGUAUUGGACAAACGCAACAGCAAUUGAAUCGUAAUUUAAAUAUGGCCAAUGAUGGCCAACAACAACCGCAACAAUUAGUGAGUCAGCAUCGUGCGCUGAUAUUUUGUCAAUUAAAAGUAAUGUUAGACAUUGUUGAGAAAGAUUUACUUCGUGUUCAUUUGCCAACUGUCACGUAUUUAAGAUUAGAUGGAAGUAUACCGCCUGCCCAGAGGCAUUCGGUCGUUGCGCGAUUUAAUGCCGAUCCUUCUAUUGAUGUACUUCUAUUGACAACACAAGUCGGUGGACUUGGAUUAAAUUUAACUGGAGCUGAUACUGUUAUUUUUGUUGAACACGACUGGAAUCCAAUGAAAGACUUACAGGCAAUGGAUCGUGCUCAUCGAAUUGGUCAGAAGAAAGUCGUAAAUGUCUAUCGACUAGUCACAAGAUCAACAGUUGAAGAGAAAAUUAUGGGUCUUCAGAAAUUCAAAUUAUUAACUGUCAACACUGUUAUUUCCACGGAUAAUGCUUCUUUACAAACAAUGGGCACUGAACAGAUUUUGGACCUCUUCUCCUUGGACAAUGGUAAAGAAAAGAAAUCUGAACGCAGCGGCGAUGCUACAUCAAAGGUUAGUGGAGUUCCUGGAGUUAGUCGUACAAUUCUUGAAAUUCUUCCCGAACUUUGGGAACAACAACAAUAUGAUGAUGAGUAUGAUCUUGAUGCGUAUUUGUCUACUUUAAAAGGAGACAUUCAAUUUUAAUUUCUUGUAUAUUAUAAUCAAAAAAAGAAUUUGAGACUAAAAGGUUUUAAAGAUGUGAAUUAAACCUCUGUAAAAGUACUCCAUCACUUCAAUUCUAAAUAAUACCAAAAACAAAAAUGUAUUAGUUAGAUUGAAAAAGAAAUAAUUUGAUAUAAAAAGAAAAUGGAGUAUGUUUACAAAUUACGAUAAAAACUAUAUUUAUACUAGAAAGAAACUUUUUAAUAUUAAAAAAGUAUCUUCUAUCUGAAGAAAUAUUUAUUUUGAAAAAUUUGUUAAAAUAUUGAUAAAGUGUUAAAAAAAGUUGUUUUGAGUUUAAUUCACAUCUUGAAUAAAAUGGAUACGUUCGAUUCCAUUUUUUUCCAUUAUAUAUAUUUUUUGCCACUUGUUUAGUUUCCUAUUUCUUAAAACGAAUACUCUAUUGUAGGUUUAGUUUUGUCUCAAGUCUGAUAUAAUAUUUGUAAAUUUUUCUUUUUUUUCUGUUGUUGAAACGCGCAAAAAGGUAGCGAAUAAGAAACAAGUUUGUAGUACAACGAAUCGACUUAAUUCAAAUUAAAGACAUGCCUUUUAGCGCCGAAUAACACAAGCGAUUAGACUAAAAUUUAUAAAUCAUUAAUUAAACGUAAGUUCUUUCAUUAUUUAUAUUAACUUAUCAAAAAAAAAAGAAUUUCAAUAUACUUAUUAUUUGUACCAAAAAAAAGUCUUCUUUUUGCCUAAUUUACUUGCCCUUGUUUAUUUUUUAUUAACUUAUCAAAAAAAAAAAAAAAAGAAUUUCAAUAUACUUAUUAUUUGUACCAAAAAAAGUCUUCUUUUUGCCUAAUUUACUUGCCCUUGUUUAUUUUCAAAUGAGAAAAAAAAUCCAUGCCUUCCAUCGACAAUAUACCUAGUUUUACUUAAAGAGUUGACUUGGUUUGAACAUUUAUAGGUUGUAUUGAAACAAUUUCGAAAUAAUUAUCUUGAAAAAUGUAUUUAUUUUCAAAAUGAAUUCUAUUAAAAACUAUUUAUUUAUACAAUUAUUGAAAAAUUGUCUUCAUUCGUUUGGAAAAAAGGUGGGAGAAACGUGUAACGAUGAAGAAUAUGUUAAAUUACAAUUAGAAAAACAUGAUUUUUGAGUUGAUGGUUCAUUUUUUUUUUUUUUUUUGAAGAUUUUUCCUUUUUUUGAAAAUGAAACGUCUAUAAUUUGGAUUUAUACUGAGGAUCUAAAUUUCCUGCGGCGAAAAUAUUUUGCGGAUCCAAAUGAGUUUUUGCAGCGCGAUAAA